AUGAAAGAUUUCAAUUUAAUUCGCCACUACACCACACACAAAGACAAAUUUGAAAAAUACAUCGGAGUCACUAUCGUUGCUGACCUCAAAGGGAAAAUUCACCGACAACAGAGCCUCUUCACCAAAACCACCACUGCACAGGAGUCAGCUCUCAAGGCCUCUUAUGUUGUUACCCUUGAGCUGGCUAAAGCCAAGAAGCCCCUGUCUGACGCCUCUAAUAAAAUAUUUCCCACGGUGCCUGAAGGCAGCACUCGGUGGUCUCUCCGCCCAGCUCGAGUCCGGUUUGGUGGUGGUUUUACUGGGUGCAGCGCCAGACACCAGCUCACCGACACCAGGUCCAAACCUCACUGCCUGCACGGGAAGAUGAUGUGGAGCAUUGUGAUCCUGCUGACUGCUGCUCUCAGAGUGGAGUCCUACGCCGUCCAUGACCUCCAUGAGCGUUUGGCCCACGGUCGCCAGCUGAAAAUCUAUCUGCCCAAGAACGUGGAGAAGCUGGUGUUCACCCCAGCAGAUGAACCCAGCCGGACCAUCUUGUACUGGGAGAGGGGAAGAGUCAGGACCAAAGGACGGGUGUCCGGCUCAGGCAGCGACCGUCGCUGGUACAUCGACAAGGUGACUUAUGAGGACCAGGGGACGUACAUCCAGAGAGACUUUUGGGAUAAAGAAAUUUCUACUGUCAAAGUGGCCGUCACGCCCAGACAUAACUAUGUGAAGUGUGUAGCAGGAGAGAGUCUCUACAUCUCCCUGGAGGGCAUCGACCUGGCUGACGCUCUGCUCUCCUUCUCUUCUGGGGAGGCUAACUUUACUCUGGUGCGUGAUGGUGCCCCGGUGUCCCAGGACCUUCCGGAUUACUGGGACCGGGUUCGGACUCACUCCAUGAACAUUGAGAUCAAGCAUGUGAACUACAGCGAUGAGGGGCGUUACACUCUGAGGGACCGUAGGGACAGGAUGGUGUCCAUAACCAGGAUGGACCUCACAGACCGUCAUGAGUAUUCAGAAGGAAACCCUCUCAUGGCUCUGCUCCUACUGCUGGGAAUCCCAGCUGGGAUUUGCUGCUGCUGUCGGAAGAAGAUUUUCAAAAAGAAAGCCACCACUGCUACAACGCUCCAGAGUUCCCCAGAAACAGUCCAUCCUCCUCCCAGCGGUCCUGCUGGACCGUGUCCUCCGUACAGCUCUCCUGGACAACCAGGAGCGGUCUACUACUAUGACCCCAACUCUAGCAUGGGUCCUGCAGUCCAUCCUCCCCCUCCAUCUGCUGGUCCAGGACCGUGGAACUGCCCCCCACCCUCCCCUGGUUUUAACCCAGCCUACCCACCACAGAACCCUUCUUACCCUCCUGCUGGUCCUGCUAUGAUGCCCCCUGCCCCGGCUCCCCAGUGGAACGGCCCACCCCAGGGGCAGUACCCUCCUGAACCCGCAUCAAUGGGCUAUGCUACAGCUCCAGCCACCUACAGCUCUCCUCCACCACUAGAAUCCGGUGAACCCGUUAAAGAGGAGGUGAAGAUGGAGAACAUGGCCUCCACACCAGCCGAACCCUUGCUUCCUGCUGCACCACAGGGUGAAGCUGCUGUACCCAACGUUCUCAGCUCCUCUGAUUCCGCUCAUCAGUUCCAGAUUGACGAUGGGAAUAAAUCCACCAACUUCCUUUUAUCUUUCAGACCAACAUGAACACAGAGUGCCUUUUCAUCUCGAUGUGAAGGUGAAUGUGGCCCUUUAAGCUCUGCCAUUGGACCACAUGAUCAGACCUGUUGUUUCACCCCGUGUCCUGGAGCUGAUGUUACUUAUAUGGAAAAACACGCUUGAUGUUGAACUUUUGCUUUCAGAUGGUUGUAUUUAGAAUUUUAUUUGCUAUGUAAAAAAUAAUCUUCUGCGUAGCUCUAGUUGGUGGUUCUGGAAGCUGGUGAAGUUGGAGAUGACGUGUAAUUAUCCCCACCUGUUGUAUUUGUUGUCAAGGUCCCACUGACCUCUAACUAACUAACUAACUAACUUCCUACCUCUCAUUUUAUACUUCUUCACAUCGUACAUGUAGCUGAUGAGCAACUCUGUGUCAAAAAAUUUACGCAUGAAUAAAGUUAAACUCAUUGUCUUUCCA